UAAAUUAUUGGUUUUGGUUCUCCCAAAUUCCCUUUGAUUCUACCAUUUUCUACCCAACAUUUGCACCACCAAACCCAAAUCAAUGGAAGUUAAACGCCGAACGGCUCGGAAUCUGGUAGCCAAACUAAGCUCAGUUUCCGAGCAGACCCGAACUGAAGCUUUGUGCGAGUUACGCCUGAUUUCCAAACAUGAUCCCGAAAGUCGAUCCUUAAUUGCCGAUGCCGGAGCCGUUCCUUACCUCUCCGAAACACUUUACGGUUCUUCUCCAACCAUUCAAGAAAACGCCGCCGCCAUUUUGUUGAAUCUCUCCAUUACUUCGCGCGCUUCUCUCAUGUCCACCCGCGGCUUUCUAGACGCGUUAUCUCACGCGCUCAGUAAUUCACCUUCUCCUACCGCGGUUCAGGCUUGCGCCGCCACGCUUCACAGCCUUCUCAUUGCGGAGGAGUCUUACCGUCCGAUAAUUGGAUCGAAACGUGAUAUUCUUUACUCACUGCUGUCGAUCAUCACUGCAAACAACGCGCCGCCUCGGUCGAUUAAGGAUGCUUUGAAGGCUUUGUUUGGGAUCGCGCUCUACCAGUUGAAUCGGGCAAGUUUGGUGGGUCUCGGUGCGGUUCCCGCUUUGGUGGCGUUGAUAGUCAGGGAUGCGAGGACGGGGAUCGUGGAGGAUGCCACGGCGGUGCUGGCGCAGAUUGCGGGGUGCGAAGAGAGUGAAGAAGCGAUGAGGAAGGCGGGUGGGAUUAGGGUUUUGGGUGAUUUGUUGGAUGAAGGGACUGGAGCCAGUGAAAGAAUAAGGGAAAACGCAGUGGCGGCUCUGCUGAACUUGGCUCGCUGCGGCGGCGAGAAGGGGAGGAAAGAAGUUAUGGAUAUGGGUGCUAAAGUUAUCGAAGGGAUUACUGACUUGACGAAGAAUGGAAGUGCUAAAGGAAAGAGUAAGGCAGUCGAAUUGCUGAAAAUCAUUGUUGAUGAAGAUUGGAACGCAAAAGAGGUGAGGGAUUUUAGGUCCAGUAAUUCCUUUGAUUCCAUGAAUCAUUCAAAAUGAAGUGCUUACCAUUUUGAUCCUUUUGUUAUAAUAGAUUAGGCUAAUAUUUUGUUUCAAGUGUAUACGUCUGAUGCAUUGAUAGUGUGUAAUUUCUUAUUCAGAACAGUAAAUUAUAUAUGUUUGCCAUCUCAUCAAAGUUACUAAUUCCAAAUAAACAAUUUUAGGAGACGAUGAUGAGAUAUCAAGUUGUUUAGGGUUUAUAGUUGGGCUUAUUCAUUUGUUAUACAAAUUAAGUAGUGCUAUGGUGUCCUUUGGCAUAAUAUAUCCCUCUUGGUGUAAAUUUGUUAGCAGAAUGAAGGGAAAUACGAGUAUAUGAUUGAUAUGUUGA